AUGCCAGUCAUCAAAGUGCCAGAGAUCAACGUGUCGAGUGAACCGACCCUACAAAGUAAAUCGCCUCCUGAGCUGAAAAGUGGUGCUACUGCCAACGAAAGCAUCGUUAAUGAGGAAAUCACCGAUGUGAAGGCAGAUAUAUUAGUAAAGAAGGUGCCAGAGUUCGCUAUGCCAAAUGAAGUGAACACAGAAAUUGGUUUCACAGAUGUUACGAGCGAAAGAAAAGCGCACCGAAAGAGCAUUGACAGUGAGAACAACGAAGCGAAGUCAGAGACUUCAGCAAGUGACUUGUCAAAGAUUGUAGAGUCUAAUAAUCCGAACAUGCAGAAGAACGAAGAAUUUGUUAGUGAGGAACCUGUGACGCGAAACGCCGAUGACAGUUCUGCCACCGGAGUGACUUCAUGGACUUCGGCAGAUAAGUCUCUUGAAAGAGAUGAAACGACAAAAGAUCCUGGGUUUGACGACCCCAACAAGGGUCCCUCGGAAAUCUCUGAGGCUCGCCUUGAUGGCCAAACAAAAGAGAAUACAGAACAGCAUACCGCUGUGGAUGAUGUCUCUGCGCAGGGAAAAGAGGAAGCGGCGUUCGAGCGCACAAGUUUGAGAAUUAAAAUGGCGAAGAGGUUUGCAAAUGCCGAUUCUUACGAUGAGCUCGAUGAGGAUAACGAGACAGCCAGCACCGGUGCAGAGAGUGCGGAAAGCGAUACAAUAGAACUGCUACGCUCUGAUGAUGCGACGCAAGGUGACAGCGUCGAAGAGGUUGACAAGGUCUUUAAAACCAUCGAUACAGUCAGCCUUGAAGACAUCACAAAGGAAUGUGUACAAAUCAGCGAUUCACGGGAUACCAAUGCGCUGAACGAAGAGCCACACAGCAACCAAGAACAAAGCGUGGGGGAACGUACACAUGAAACGUCUGUAGAGCAGGAAUCCCUCGAUCAUUUCGCUGAUGAUACGAAGAACCAUGGUACACAUACAAGCACCUCAGAAGGCAAUGCACUCGAGACGGUCCCUGCAGAGUUUUGUGAAGCAACCGAGGAUGACCACACUGCCGAGCUUGCAAAGGGCAGCGAAGGCGUUUUAAAUAGCCUCCUUGUGGAGGCAGAUGGCGGCACCUCGGAAGCUCUCAGUAAAGGAGGGAACGCGCACGCGCCGGAGUCUGAGAAACGAUCAUGCGAAGGAACAGAUGGGCGCAAUGUGACGCCAGAACAGUUUUCAACCGAAGACCUCGCUAACGUUAUCGACAACAGUGAAGGUCGUAUGACACUUACAAAUACUCGGUCUGAAGAAGAGAAAGGAGACGCGCUCGACCCUGAAAUUUCGGCAUCUCAAAACAUCGUCGAUGCCACAAAGCCCAGCGCGGUUGAAGCGUAUAAUUUAACUACUGCAGGUAGUUCACUGAGCUACCAUUUCGCGCGAGAAACCAAAGACGACAGGUCGUCAUUACUGGCGUAUGCAGAGGAGGUUGUGUCGACCGUUCUGACAAUGUGCAUAACGUACCUGGAAGAAAAUGACCAAGAAUGGAGGACAACAGAGCUGGUGGAUCACGAGUUGAACGCUCACGUGGAAAGCACAACAGAGAAAGCUACCAAGACUGCUUCGGGUGAUGACGACGAAGAGCAUGGAGCGUCUCUUCUACAGUCGGAUUACGCAAACGAAGGACCUUCUGGUGGUGACGUCUUCGAGCCGAUUGUUUCAAGACAAUCUGCUUUUGAGGAAGCGGUACCGCUGGCUGACCAACAAUACCUCAACACCAAUCGUGAUCUGAACCAGGCAGUGCCGAUUAUUUCAACCUCUGCCGAGAAGGCGGAAGAUUCAGGCGAGAUGCCGAGUUCUGCACUAAUCAGCGAGAAGCAAGGCGAAGCAGAAAAUGAGAGGCAAAUUGACGAAACGGCAACAAAGAACAAGACGGCAGACAAUGCUGAAAGUGACGUGCCGCUGAAAAGCGCAGAAGACGCCAGUGACAACACAGCGAGUAUCUCCGAAGCGUUAACAGAGGACGCCGGGUCUAGUGAGACUCACAGCUCCACAUCUGGAGCGAAUAAGAAUCAAAUUCCGGACCAGGUUGUAGUGCAAUCAGAUCAAUCAGAGGAGAAGCGGGGCGAAGAAGAAGAACCUGUGGUAGCACAUGCACCCGACUUCGCCAGCAGUGACACUACCGCAGAAGUGUCAGAGACGCGGCGAAACUUCGUAGAGAGUGACAGCAAGGACGACAGCGAAGAACCUGAGCACAUCAUUGUAAUGACGGCACCUUUAACAAACCAAGAAAGUAAGCUGCACGAAGAGUCGUUCACGGAAAGUGCAGCCUGCGUCAGCGAAAAGGAGUUUGAACGUUCAGUAUCCGAGGUGCAAGCACAGGGAGGUGACGACAGCAGAGUAAAGGAAGAGGCUGAGCACGAAACGGCAGCCAACAGUUUUAGUGAGUCUUCCGCGACAACGGUUUCUAUGAAGACAGAAGAUUCAGGAAAAAGCGUGUCGGUGUAUUCCUCGAGAGCAAGCCAGCAGGCAUCAGACCCUGUUCCAGCCAACGAAGUGAAUAAGGACAACUCCGGUACUGAGAACACACGCGAAGCUGAUGUUGAGAACGAGUUCCAGUUGAACAGGCUGAAGUCGGUACCGAAGGACCCAGUGCCAUCACCACUAAGGACCAUGUCGACAGUGCAGAUGCGGAAGGCUUAUCUGAUAAACUGCAACAGAAUAUCGGAGUGA